AUGUUGGAAAUCGGGGUUGGGAUUGGUGGAGUGGCGAAAUUUCCCGAUGCGGCACGGGUUGGUGUUGGGGGACCCCUCCUGUUGGAUCUCACUGCUGAGUUUCCCCCCGGCAGCUGCCGUCUGAAGUGGUUGAAUUAUUAUCGUUGCUCAUCUCAGUUAAAGCCCUCCGUCCCGCCUGCUGGUACACGUUCUCCGGACCGCCUCCUCGAGCCCUCCCGCCACGCCCAGCUGCUCGCCCUCCCCGGCCUGCAGCUCUACCUCCGCCGCGUCGGCCGCCCGUUGGGCGAGCGCUAUCAUCCCUCUGCUCCGAUGGAUCUCCUGGCUGCUCCUGAGCGCGGGUGUUCCGCGGUGAGCGAUCUCGCUCCCCGUCCGCUUCCUCCUGCACGUCCUGCCGCGAGCGUCCCUGUCGCUCCGAUGGCUGCCGCCGAUCAGAUUCGUCGCCGUUUCGAAGAUCAGCGGCCCGCGCCGGCGCCUGCGCGUGCGGAGUCCGUCGUGCGCUCCGACGCAGAGGCUGCGGCGCGCCGGGAACGUUCGCCUCGUCGCCGAUCGACAGUGGCGCGUGGUGACGGGCAGGAGAGCCACCGUGCGGAGCGUCACGCCGAGCCUCGGUCGCCUCGGAAGCCGCGAUCACCGCACUCACCACGUUCACCGCGCCGCGCGGUAUCGAGGAGCCGAUCUCCGGACCGGCGGUCGCGUCGUCACCGUUCGCCCGGUCGCCAAGCCACACACUAUCGAUCGCCUGCUCCGCACGUGUCUCGCCCGCGGUCCCCAUCUGCGCGUUCGCCGCGGCCGUCAAAGCGCCAGCGGCUCUACUCUCCUCGUCACGGGGGCCGAUCCCCUGUUCGCCAGCGCCAACGCGUCCCAUCUCGCCAGCAGUCGCCCGCUCACUCGAAUGCAAGUGGACGUGGGCGUCGUGGGCAGCGGGGAGGGUAUGGACGCGGCGAAACUGCGCGUCAAGCGCCGUCCGAGCUUGAGCGCGUUCUCCGAAGGUUGGACGGCGUGGAGAAAGCGCUCCACCGCUCGAACGCGGAGGCGUCAUCCCAUUCCGUGCCGCCGGCUGGCCCCGUCGUUCCUCUUGCUGCCCUCCUGCCGCACAACCCUGAGGGCUCCCUUGCGCGUCCUGGUCGUCCGCUGCCAGCAGGGGCUGGCUUCGUGGGCGCAGGUGGUGGGGAUCCCUGGGCCGCGUAUGCACCCCUGCGUCCUCGCUCCCCUCCACGUGAUCUCGCUGUGUCGUCCCGCCGAACGCGCGCCGCUGCUGUCCUUCCGCCGAUGAAGGAAGUGCCCACGGUGACCCUGGCGCGCUUGUGGUCGCUGGCGGAGAGCCUGCAGAGCCUUGAGCUGAUACUCCUGGAGUCCCAUGGCUCCAUGGCGGUGACCCCACCGAGCACAUUCUCUCAGAUGCCACGAGCACGGUGUCAUGCGGCGGCGUCAGCGCUAUUCUCGUACGUAUCGCCACUGCAGGUUGCGCCCUCGCCGGGAGUAGUCUCGGCCACCCAGCUGGCCGAGAAGGCCCUGGAUCUGAAGACGCUUGUUGGAUCUCGCGGAACUCCUGUUGACGUUGUCGGCGCCACCGCGUCAGUGGUCCGCCUGAUGUGGUUGACCACGCGCGAAACGCUUGAUCCGAGCAAGGUCGCACUAGGCCCCUCCCCUAAGGCAGGCGAGCGAGUGGCCAUCACACUCACGACCGCCCCACCUGCGUUUAGUGACAGCGACGAGGAGAAGGACAAGGAGCAGCUGAAGGGCAAGGACGGGAGUGCAGAGGAGUACAGUGCGGUGGUGGCGGUGCUGCAAGGGGGGGAGAAGGACCAGGCGAGAGUGCAGUUGGUGUUGGAACGGCCGUUCUCUUUGGCCCAUGGUGGCACAGGGAGUGUGUUCUUGAGCGGGUACAAGACCAUGCAGGAGUAUCCGGAUGGGGGAGUGUCUGUCUGGUACUCGCGUGUGGGCUGCUUGGGUUCUGGCUCAUGGGGGCACCACGGGGAGUGUGUUCCUGAGGGGGUUCAAGGAGUCUUUGAGAAUUCUCAAAAACUCCCUGCCCUGCUGCCCUGCAACGUGUGGGCUGCUUGGGUUCUGGCCCAUGGCGGCACAGGGAGUGUGUGCCUGAGGGGGUACAAGGCCAUGCAGGAGUAUCCGGAUGGGGGAGAGGCCGAUGAGGACCCAUUUGCUGAUAUUGAAGAGGAUGAGGAAGAGGAGGAAGAGGAAGAGGAGGAGGAUGAGGAGGCGAUUGAGAGGGAGGCGGCAAAGGAGAUAGCAGCGCUGCAGGCGGAGCUAGCCACCAAAAAAGCAAAGAAGGCUCAGAAGGCAGCAGCAGUGCUGGCACAGCUCACCGCAGCACAAGAAGAGAAGAAGACGGCUGAGAGAGAGGCAGGCGAAGGGAGCAAGGGAGGAGUGGGGGCGAAAGGCGGAGAAGGGGCGAAGGCAGGGAGUGCGAAUGGUGUGGAUAGGAAGAGGAAAGAAGGGGAGAUUGAGGUCAGUGAGAAGGAGGGGGCGCAGGGGACGCCUGGGGGAGAGGCAGGGGAGGGGAAGGGGAAGAGGAGAAAGGGGAAGAAGGGGAAGGAAGAGGGGACUCCGGGCAAGGAAGAUAAGGCACAGCCCACCACACCAGCAACCACGCCGGUCCCCCGCGCCCCCGCCCCAACCCCAGCCAAGCCAGUGCCCAACCCCCCCACUCCCGGCGCCACACUAGCCAAAGCCGCCUCUGCUCUCGCCAAAGCUGCCCCUGCUGCCUCCCCUGCUAAAGCAUCCACUCCUGCGAAAGCAGCCAAGGCAGGAAAGGCAGCAGGGACUCCUGCUAAGGAGGGUUCAACGCCAGCUAAAGCAGCCACAGCAGCCAAGGCAGCAACUCCUGAAGGCGGAAUUGUGUGCGGAGCGUGCAACAAAAAAUUCAGGAGUUCGUUUCUCGCAGCGCGAUUAGCAGCAGAGCAGGGCAUUCAUCAGCAGCCACAGCGCGCGCGUGUCGCGAUGAAGGUUCGCGCGUCGGUGAAGCGGCUGUGCGAAGCGUGCCGCGUGGUGCGGCGGCGCGGGCGGGUGUACGUGGUGUGCGCGACAAACCCCAAGCACAAGCAGCGGCAGGGGUUUCACACCGAGACCGUGGACGGGUCAUCGCAGCUAUCAGCAUUUGACUGCACCCACCACCACAACAUGGCAAGAAACGCCGCCCUCGUGUCUAGCCGCCCAUUCUCUCUCUUCCCCCGCAUUAUUCCCACACACUCCCACUCGCUUCCCUCCACGUUUGCACCAUCACCGUCGCCGUCCACAGCAGCAGUUACAGAAAUAGGGUUUGCUGGUUACCGGUUAUCUGCUCGACAAAUUGCCGCAAAUAUACUAGGCUUCAAUAGUGCUUGA